AGAGAGAGAGGAAGAGAUGACGGCUUCUCUUUUCUCCAUCCACAGACUUCACGAAGUGUUUCGGCGGUCAGGACCGUUAUGGUGUAAACGUCCAGGAAUCGCAGUUGACAUUUGUCGGCUCUGACAAACUCGUUUGUGCUAAAAAGUUGCAGUUGGAAAUGCUGAAGCCGGGGGAUCAGAGCGGUUCUGCUUUCCUCAAAGUGGACCCGACUUAUCUUCAGCACUGGCAGCAGCUUUUCCCGCAGAGUCAGCUGAAGAACUGCGCAAUUCCGCAAAUUCCGGCACCCGAUCGAGUGCCUGUAGCUGCGGACAGCCUCCGCCAGAGAACCGGGUUAAUCUCCUCCACCACCGCACCGGCCCCUUUAACGCCGUCCUCGAGCUCUUCGUGCGCUCCUGCUGUGUCCGCGCUCGCGGGUUUAACGCAGCUGUCCGUGCCGCAGCUCGCGCUAUUCGGACACACUCUCUGUACCGAGGACGCACCGGCCGAAAACAGCAGCGCGUCUCAGUCCAAGGAACUUUGCCUGCAGUCCAACUUUAACGACAAACCGUCCCGGUUGAAGCUGACCUCAGAGGAACUGGACUACUAUCUAUACGGACAGCAGAGGAUGGAGAUUAUACCAUUGAACAAUCACACCAGUGAUGUCAAUAACCGCUGUGACAUGUGUGCAGAUAACCGGAACGGUGAGUGCCCCAUGCACGGGCCCCUGCACUCGCUGCGGCGCCUGGUAGGGACAAGUAGUGCAUCCACUGCUGUGCCCCCUCCUGAGGUUCCCGAGUGGCUGCGUGACCUACCCCGUGAAGUCUGCCUCUGCACCAGUACAGUGCCAGGCCUGGGCUAUGGUAUCUGUGCUGCCCAGCGCAUACCACAGGGCACUUGGAUUGGGCCUUUUCAGGGUAUUCCUCUGCUUCUGGACAAAGUGCAGUCUGGAGCGGUGCGCAACACAAGACACUUAUGGGAGAUCUAUGACCAGGAGGGCACGUUACAGCACUUUAUUGAUGGCAAUGAUCCAAGCAAGUCAAGCUGGAUGAGGUACAUCCGCUGUGCCAGACACUGUGGGGAACAGAACAUGACAGUGGUUCAGUACAGAUCGUGUAUUUUCUACCGGGCUUGUAUGGAUAUUCCACGAGGAACCGAGCUUCUGGUCUGGUACAAUGACAGUUACACCUCCUUCUUUGGCAUCCCCCUGCAGUGCAUCGCACAGGAUGAAAACUUGAAUGUGCCAUCUACUGUAAUUGAGGCCAUGUCCCGACAGGAAAGCCUGCAACCUUUCAGCAAAACAUCCAAAUCCUCUUCACCCACCAUGCUGCAGCGCUCCAUGGUUUUCCCUCACUCACCCUGCUCACGGAGCUUCUCUCUCCUUGACAAGGUGGGCAACAUGGAGUCUGGCUUUAAUCAGCUGAACACCAAGAACCAGCGUGUCCUGGCCAGUCCCACAUCCACUAGCCAGCUUAACAGUGAGUUCAGCGACUGGCAUCUCUGGAAAUGUGGCCAAUGCUUCAAGACCUUCACGCAGCGCAUUCUUCUGCAAAUGCAUGUGUGCACACAGAAUCCAGACAGACCGUAUCAGUGUGGACACUGUUCACAGUCUUUUGCCCAGCCCUCAGAGCUGCGCAACCAUGUGGUAACACAUUCCAGUGACCGCCCCUUCAAGUGUGGCUAUUGCGGCCGAGCUUUUGCUGGUGCCACGACACUUAACAACCACAUCCGCACCCACACCGGGGAGAAGCCAUUCAAGUAAGUAACAGUGUGAGCGGUGCGAGAGGAGCUUCACACAGGCCACACAGCUUAGCAGACACCAGCGGAUGCCCAACGAGUGCAAACCCAUCAGCGAGAGCAGCGAAUCAAUUGAGGUGGAUUAGUUGAUUGACCAUGCCGGAAUUAAACGGAGAAGGAAAGUCAUGAUUAAAUGUCACGGACACUUAAGCAAAACCAAAGAUUUCCUCUGAGAAACUCUCAAUCAGCCCCAGAAAACCAAAAGCAGUAAUAAAAUAAGUAAGAUGUUAAGAGAUAUUGAUCCCAACACAGACUGGUUGUGGCUGGGGUGGGGGGUGGGGGGUUUGGGGGUGCAGGACAAGAUUAUUUAUUCAUGACUGGGAAAGUCACAAUUCUGUUAAAAAGCUGGAACAAAAGCGUGAGAUACCAAAAACUUGGCUUAUUGCUUUAUUUCUUAGUCAUGUACAUAGUACAAUAAAACCAAAGGGAGAAGACUAUAAGGGGUGCAGGGACCCCUCAAACUGAUAAUGCACAGUUUCUGUAUAAUUGCACCAUUUAAUAAGCAGGAUUUUUUGAGAGAAACAUUUGUAUUCACCAAAAAAAUAGCCUCUGUAUAAAAUGUACAUUUUGAAUUAUAUUUCUCUCAUAUCAUGCUUUUCGGCACUUUUGACUGGUAUUAUUUAAUAUUUCCUUUGAAUAAUGAUUCUAAAUGCAAUGAUGGAGAAUAUUUAAAUAUGAGUGGGAUGGAAAUGUUCUUCGUGAAAUAAAUUAAAUUAAAAAACCAAAACAAAAAAAAACCUUGUUACCAAAUAUGAAAUGAAGAAGAGUUUUAAAGCAAUAUAUAGAAUUGUAUUUGUAGUGCCAUUCAGUGCAUUUAUGGCUAUAUUCAUUUUAUAUGGUGAAUGGGGCUACUGAAUGUUACAUUUAUUGCAAAAAAAUAUAUUUAACAUAAUGUCACCAUUACUACGGACAAACAUUACAGUUUUGGUUUUGUUUGUCAAGGAGU